UUGGGCCAUCUGAUUCUGUUUGGUUGUUUGGGUUCAACAGAUUAGCUUUUUCCUGCUGGUUUUCACUUGAACAGCCCUCACUGCUGCGUCCUCGCGGAGAGCCCUCAUCAGGAUGGGAGCUCCCCAGACGCACGGGCUGCUCUGGGUGUGCGCAUUGUUCUUUGCGGAAAUAACAGCAAUUAGCGGUUCUAAUGUGUGCACAUCAAGAGGAGCCAGCACAUGCAAGCAAUGCCUGGCUGUGCACCCCAGCUGUGGAUGGUGUUUCCAAGAGGACUUUGGUCACGGAGUGGCUAGCUCAUCUCGUUGCGACCUGAAGAAGAACCUGAUAGCAGCCGGCUGUUCUCCAUCAGCUCUGGAAUCUCCAACCAGCAAACUUCAGGUGAUUGAAGAUCGGCCUCUGAGCAACAAAGCAGCAGGCGCAACACAAGAUAUUACCCAGAUAAAACCCCAGAAGCUGCACAUCACCCUCAGGCCAGAUGAUGCUAAGCGCUUUACAGUGAAGGUGCGCCAGGUAGAGGACUAUCCUGUAGAUCUCUACUACCUGAUGGAUCUAUCCUUCUCCAUGAAUGAUGACCUCUUCCGCCUGAGAACGCUGGGCAACGGUCUGGCAACGGCCAUGAGCCGUACCACCAGCAACCUGCGGAUGGGCUUUGGUGCGUUUGUGGAUAAGCCUUUGUCGCCUUACAUGUACAUUUCACCUGAAGAGGCGGUGAAAAACCCUUGCUACAGCAUUAAUACCACCUGUCUGCCCCAGUUUGGCUAUAAACACGUUUUAUCCCUGACGGAGGAAGUGGGGCGCUUCACGGAGGAAGUCAAGAAGCAAAUGGUAUCCAGGAACAGAGAUGCUCCAGAAGGAGGCUUUGAUGCUAUCAUCCAGGCUGCUGUGUGCAAGGAGCAGAUUGGCUGGCGUCCCGGGGCAUCCCACCUUCUCAUCUUUACCUCAGACGCCAAAACUCACAUGGCUCUGGAUGGUCGCCUAGCUGGAAUUGUGCAUCCCAAUGAUGGACAGUGCCAUCUUAACUCGGAAAAUAUUUACAGUAAAUCUACCACCAUGGACUACCCCUCUCUGGCUUUGAUCACGGAGAAGAUGUCAGAGAACAACAUCAACCUCAUCUUCGCUGUCACAAACUCUGUGGUUACUCUGUACCAGAACUACAGUGAGCUGAUUCCUGGCACCACUGUUGGGACGCUGUCCAAUGACUCUGGAAAUGUUAUUCAGCUCAUACUGAAGGCUUAUGCAAAAAUUCGUUCCAAAGUGGAGCUGGAGGUUCAAGGCGUUCCAGAGGAGCUUUCUCUGUCCUUUAAUGCCACUUGCUUGAACGGAGAGGUCAUUCCAGGUCUCAAAUCCUGCUCUGGGCUCAAAAUAGGAGACACGGUUUCAUUCAGCGUGGAGGCACGUGCUCAUGGCUGCCCUAAACAAAAGAAGAAAACUUUUGUCAUCAAGCCUGUGGGCUUCAAGGACUCCCUUACUGUCACCGUCACUUUUGAGUGUGACUGCAAGUGUCAGAGCAAAGCGCAGCCAAACAGCCCCAAAUGCACCAAUGGCAACGGCACCUUUGAAUGCGGCAUCUGUCUGUGCCAUCCGGGCCGCUUGGGGCCUCACUGCGAGUGUGCAGAAGGCGACUAUAAUCCCACAGACCAGGACCGCUGCAGUGGACCUGAUGGAGCUGGAGGACUUCGGUCUUCUAUCUGCAGUGGCCGUGGGGACUGCGUGUGUGGCCAGUGUGUGUGCCACAGCAGUGACUUUGGGAAGGUCUGGGGAAAGCUGUGUGAGUGCGACGACUUCAACUGUCCUCGCUACAAAGGAGAACUGUGCUCAGGGCAUGGAGUUUGUAACUGUGGCUUCUGUCAGUGCGAUCCAGACUGGCAGGGAGAGAACUGCAACUGCUCCAGACGCACAGACACCUGCAUGUCCAGCCUGGGUCUGCUGUGCAGUGGAAGGGGCCAGUGUGUCUGCGGCGUCUGCGAGUGCACACAGCCAGGGGCCUACGGAGCCACCUGCGACAAGUGCCCCACCUGUCCGGACGCCUGCACCAUGAAGAAGGAAUGCGUGGAGUGCAAGCACUUCAAGAGGGGCAAGCUGUUUGAGGACAAUACCUGCAGCCGCAUCUGCAAGGACGAGAUCGUACUUGUGGAUGAAAUCGUGCUCCAUGACACAAACGCUGUGAACUGCACAUACAAAGAUGAGGAUGACUGUGUGGAGCGUUUCCAAUACUUUGAGGAUGCAAGUGGAAAAUCCAUCCUGUUUGUUGUUAAAGAGCCGGAUUGCCCUAAAGGACCAGACAUUUUAGUGGUGCUGCUGUCGGUGGCUGGAGCCAUCUUGUUCCUUGGUCUGGCUGCUUUGCUCAUCUGGAAAUUGCUGGUUACCAUCCACGACAGGCGGGAGUUUGCCAAAUUUGAGGAGGAGCGAGCCAGAGCCAAAUGGGACACUGGGCACAACCCGCUUUACAAAGGAGCAACAUCAACUUUCACAAACAUCACAUACAGAGGAAAAGACUGAUGCUGGGAUGAAACAUAAAGGAAAAACAUACCAACUCCCACCAUCCUUUGGGAGAAUCAUGUGCAGGGUUCUACUGUCACAAAACAAUAAUUGUUUGUAUAUAUGUAAAAAUUAGGCAUUUUAUCAGGAAUUACACUUACUACAAUGAUGGAUUCAAAUCAUUUUGUGAUUUAAUAAGAUCUGUUUUGUUACUGGACCCACAAUAAAAUGUGUUUCUGUUAAGGAUCUCUUGUGUAUUUUUUUUUUUGAUUGAUUUGGGGAUUUUCUGUGUUUAUGACUACUUUUCUGUGUUUGAUGUUUGUUGUGUGGAUUGUAUCCCUUUUUGUUUACUACCCAAAUGUUUCUUUACAUCUGACUUUUGCAUUUUCAAGUUUUGGUCUUUUCUUUCAUGCAUCAUGCUCAGUUUUUCCACCUAAAAAUGUAUAUGUUGGUUCUAUAAAUUGUACUUUAUCUUCUGCUGAUUCCCUCUCUAUGCUGUUGUUUAUUUUUCCUUUUACCUCAGAAUAGAGUCAGUCCAUUCAUUUAAAAUUGCUGGAGAACAAAACUGUAACUUUUGAGACAUAUCUCUUACAGAGAUUACAUUAAAUUAAAUGGGUUGUGUUGUUCAGAUCCUCCCAAAAUGUACUUUUAGUUAGGUAACCUAAAAACAACAACAAAUGGAGACAAACUUCCUGUUUGUAAAAUUACAACAAAUAAACGUUUUUUUCCAGCCAAGGCACAUCCUGCUGAUACAGUGCAGGCUGGAAACUGUCAA